AAACAAUGCGCCUCUACUUUGUACUGUACAAAAUACAGCGUAUAUCAUCUACUUUCCUUUUACACAUAUUUCACUUCUAGUAACAUACUCUCCCAAGUCACACACACUUCCCGUGGGGAGCCUGUUUUCUCUAACCGGAGGCCCCUUGCUGGAUGAUUUUUGAGUGACUCUCCAGGCAAACUGGCCCCCUCUCCAGAACCUACCACAACACUUUGUGACCCUGCAUCGAAAAUGCAAGCUCAGGCACCAGUGGUCAUUGUAACACAGCCUGCAUGUAAUGUGCCCCAAGCCUCCAACUGGCAGACAGGCCUUUGUGAUUGUUUCAGCGACUGCGGAGUCUGUAUCUGUGGCUCAUUUUGCUUCCCGUGCCUUUGUUGUCAAGUUGCAGCUGACAUGAAUGAAUGCUGCCUGUGUGGGGCAAGUGUUGCAAUGAGGACCCUGUUUCGGAGCCGAUAUGGCAUUCCUGGAUCCAUUUGUGGUGACUCUCUGAUAGUCUACUGCUGUCCCACUUGUUCUCUUUGCCAAAUCAAGAGAGACAUCAAUAGAAGGAGAGCCAUGAAUGCUUUCUAAAAAAAAGAAAAACCUAAUGGUGAAAACUCUUAAUGAAGGAAUUAAAUCAGCGAAUACUUUCAGCCUGACUACUUUUCUAUCUUUUGGACCUGAAGAAUGCGUUCAAACACAGUUAAAUGGGUUAAAAAUUUAGAAUUUUACUUUGUUUUACAAGCAUGGUGCCCUUGCUAAAUGAUGCAGCUUAAUUUCUUCUUGCUUUCUUGUUAUUAAAUUUUCUGGCUUACAAUUUUUGUAUUACAGCUAAAUACAAGCCAAAUAAAAGAUUUUUACUAAUUCAAUUCUUUAUGUGUUUGCUCUAAAUAAAA